GUUUAAGUUUCGCAGAAAAGUGAUUGUUUAUUCCCUUUGGUGCCCUUAAUAUUUAUCAUUCUACGUGCCUUUCAAAUAUUAUCAUAAUAUAAAUGUUAAGUGUGAUCUCCGGUGCCUUUUUCAUCAAGACUGAAAAAAUGGCACCUUUUGGAUAUUUUAGUAUCAUUUUAUUCUUAUUGGCCUCAGCCAAUGCAAUAUCAAGGUGCAAUGAUGACAGGGAUUGUCCGGAAAAACAAUAUUGCUACGAUGUUUCACAUCGUUGCACAAAUUACACGAUAUGCAGUAGAUAUAAUCGAUUGGAAGGUAAAGAAAGUGCUCGACACCCUUCAAAUUGUGGGCCUUGCAUUUCUGGAUAUGAGGCGGAAAUAUUGUCAACUGGGGAGCCAGCAGAUGUUUGCUCAAAAACUGUCGUUGCUCAAAAAGAGGAUGAACCUGACAACACUAAAGCACUUUACACCUGGUUGUAUUCAUCGUUGAUAAUUAUUGUAGUAGGAGCAAUUUUGUUAUUUACUUUUAUGAAAAAACGUUGUAAAAAAUUAUUAGAUAUUCAUAUGAGGCAAGAAAAUAGUUGGACAAACAUGUGCAAUUUCGGACCAAGUGCUCCACCACUUGAAACAGGGUCUUAUAAAGAAGGAUCACCACACUACACUGCCAUUAUGAACAAUAAUGACAAAUAUAUGGAUAAAAAUAAAUUAGUGGCUGCUACGCCUUUUCACAGUCCAGAUUGGAUUAAGACGAAUCCUAAUUAUAAUGAACCUCAGGAGAUUCCAGAACAAGUUUUAACUCCAGAACCAAUACCGCCAGAGGAGGACACUAAUCCAAGUUCCUGGACUCCUGAGCAAACAGCCGAACUUGUACCUACACGACCAUUCGCUCAAUUUAAUUCCGAAACAAGAGACAACGCAAUGAAUGCAGUUUUAGUUCAACGAAAUUGUCCAACAGCAGUCUCAACGAUCUCAGAAUCAAAUGAUUCUACUUCCGAAACAACGGAUUCACAAAGUAAUUCCGAUCAUAUUAGAGGACCAAAUAUUUUGAUAAGUCAAAAAAUCACAAUGAAUGUUAAUGUUGUGAAUGGAGAUUAUUGAUUACCAUUUAUAUAUCAUUAUAUAUCGAAUUCUUCAAAUACCUAGUGAAAAAUCAUAGCCGGACGUAUGAUUAUUUAUAUUAUUAUUGUUAUUAUCAUCACAUAUUAACCGUUAUGCAUAAAAUUAUAUAUCAAUGCAUAUAAAACUAAUUAAUGCAUCAAAAUUAAAAAAAUGCAUCAUUUUUUGAAUUUUUGAUUGAGAUGCAUUUUAUAUUGUAUUUAUAAUUUCCAUAUUGGAAAUGUUUCACCCUCAUCAAAAUUUUGAAUUCAAAAUUUCUGUCCAACUUAUUAAGAUCAUUUUCUUCAUUGUUUAACAAUUUUUUAUAUUUAUUUUUAUAUUUUGUGCCAUUAUAUCUAUAUUUCCCAUACACAUACACUCGUCGAUUAUAUUUCUGUAUACUUUCAAUAUUUAUAAUAUUUAAACCAAACGAACGUGAGGAACGUUUGAAAGUCACAAUAGAUUUUUAAGAUAUUUCAAUUGAAAACAUUUAUUUAAUACUCUCCGGCAUUAUACUUAAGAUGAGUAUUGAAGUUUUUUUUGUGAAACAUUAAAAACUUUCGACGGACAACAGUUUUGAUGACAUUUUCAUUAAAUUUUAGAAAAUGAUUCUCUCUCAAAUUGAAAUCUCAUUUUUUAAAGACAUAAUUUUGUAGAAAAUAUUGUAAGAAGUUGAUACGAUUCUACGUUAAGUUCUUUAUAAUUUAUAAGUUUCUUAAGUGAAUGUUUAUCAGUCAGGAUAAAAUGAUUCUUGUUGAUGUUUUUUUUAAUGAAUGUUUUACGUACACAGUUGUGUAUGAAUAAAAAGAGAUAAAAA